GUUAGUCGUAACGUAAGACAUCGGCAAAAACCAUUCCUUGGAAGAAAUAAAGAAGCCUUUUAUAGCCUUGGGUUGGUUCGUUUUCUCGCCGGCGAUUUUAGAGAGAUGUGGGAGUCGAUUUGCCUUACGCUUGCGGCCACCGCCGGUAACAAUAUCGGCAAGGUUCUCCAGAAGAAAGGCACUAUCAUCCUCCCUCCUCUCUCCCUCAAGCUCAAGGUAAUAAGGGCAUAUGCUGUUAACAAACCAUGGGCACUAGGUUUUCUUAUGGACAUUGUUGGGGCUUUGUUGAUGCUCAGAGCACUCUCGCUUGCCCCUGUGUCUGUUGUUCAACCUGUCUCGGGAUGUGGACUUGCCAUUCUUUCAGUCUUUUCGCAUUUUUAUUUGAAGGAAGUCAUGAAUGUUUUUGACUGGAUUGGGAUUACCGUUGCUGGCAUUGGCACCAUAGGAGUUGGUGCUGGUGGUGAGGAGCAAGAAGCAUCACUUAUAUCUGUCUUCCAGUUGCUCUGGCUAGCAUUGGUUGUUGCCAUCUUGUUUUUACUACUAAAUGCGUGGCUUCAUAUCUUCAAACGCCAGCGCAGGGAGCAGGAGCUGGGGGAGUAUGAAGUAGUGGAAGAAAUUAUAUAUGGCUUGGAAUCUGGGAUUUUAUUCGGGAUGGCAUCUGUAGUAUCAAAGAUGGGUUUUGUAUUCGUGGAGCAGGGGUUUUCUGCAAUGUUCAUUCCUAUGUGCAUUUCAAUUAGUAUAUGCUGUAGUGGAACAGGAUUUUUCUAUCAGACUCGGGGACUAAAACAUGGGAGAGCAAUCGUAGUAUCCACCUGCGCUGCUGUGGCAUCAAUUGUAACUGGUGUAGUUGCAGGAAUGUUCGCUCUGGGUGAGAAAUUACCCACUUCACCAUCUGGACGGCUUUUACUUCUCUUAGGAUGGUUACUUAUCAUGCUAGGUGUUGUAUUACUCGUGACUUCAUCACGGCUUAUCAGACAUCUUCCACGAUCAUUCCGGCGUUCCGGUUCCAGACAAACCAGUUUAGAAAGAGGUUUCAACAUAAGGCGGACAGCUUCUCACGUAUCAAAGGAUACGAACCCAAGUGCGGUUAUCCAAACAGCAACAUUACACCAUCUCUUAUCAUCUCAUCAAAAGACAAAGACUAAAAGGGAUUCAGAAACACCUUAAAGUAUUUGCCAGGUGGCGUGCAUGUUACACAAGUUAUUUCCCGAAUAUAUGACUAAAUAUGUCAGAUUUUCAUAUUUCGGGGUUUCAUCUCAGUGAUAUUCCAGUUGUUGGAACAGAUUAAUAGUCAAGAGUUUGAGAUCAAUUUAUGACGUCACUUCGUAUCUAAAAUGUGAAAUAUGAGUUUCCCUUUGUGCAAACUGUGAAUCUGGGAUAAACGAACCAACUUGGUUCAUGUUAUUAUUGUUAUUUUUUUUCUCCAUUUUGCUUAAAUGGCAGACAUUUGAAUGAUCUCGUCAA